GACUUCAUUUACGUGAUCAGUAUCAAGAGGAGGAGUAACUAUUCAGGACCGCCAUAAUGGAGGACGAAGAGUCAACUGAUUCUAUACCAACCAAGGUCCACCGUACCAGCGCCCAAGAUGUCAUACGAUGUGACCUGUGUGAAACACCUGUCCCUCCACUUUACUGUGACAUCUGUCACAUCAAUCUCUGUACGGCAUGUACUGGAGAACAUAUCUUAAAGGAAUCAAAAUUGCAUAUAGUAGUGCCGAUCAAACAUCAACAGUCAAGUCCUAUCCUUCCCAAUUGUCCAGAACACACAGCAAAACUUUGUGAACUCCAUUGUAACCGAUGUGAUAUUCCUAUUUGUGUACAAUGUAUUACUUCCAAGAGGCAUGCGGCUCAUGACGUAGUAGACAUAUUGAAUUUCAUUGAGAAAAAGAACAAAGCAUUACAAGCAGAUUUAGAAGAGCUAGGGACAGAAAUUUAUCCUAAAUAUCAAGAAAUUGCUUCAUCGUUCUCAGUUCAGAAGGGUGAUUUAAAUAGCAACACCGAAAAACUUAUUUCAGCUAUCAAUAAGCGAGGCGAAGAAUGGCACAGAGAAAUAGACAACAUUAUCAGAAAAAUGAAAUCGGAUAUUGAAAAUACGGUAUCUGAAAACCUGGUUGUCCUUAAGAAACAAGAAGUCGAAAUAAAUCAUAGUCUUUCAGAAAUUACACUCAACAUCAAUGAACUGAAGAACCUACUAGACUCUAAUGAUGCCAAGCUUCUUUCUAAGUACGAAUCCAGAAAUGCAAAAUUCAAAAGAUUGCCUUCCAAACUCGUCGUUUCGCUACCACACUUUUCUUCUCAAAGAAUUGACACAGACAAACUAUUUCAACAGUUCGGUUCUUUGACAGCACUUUCCAUAACAACAGUAGAACGUCUUAAUCCAACAAUAUCCAAUGAAAUCGACAUUUCUCAUGAUAAAAAACCAAUGGUCAAAUCUUCUUAUUAUGGAAAGCAAAAAACCUGUGAUUAUAUGCAGAAAGAUUAUCCAUAUAUUCAUGAGGUGGAAGAAGAUACGCGUUGUUCAGAGGUGGAUUAUGAGCUAUGUGGCACCUCAGUGGAUUAACCAAAAAUGAAUAUUCGAAUUUUCACUUAUUUUUGCAAAAACUUAAUCUUUGACAUAUUUACCUUUAUGGAAUACCAUUUUUACCGAAAAUAAGAUCAUAUGCAAUAUAAAUAAAUAAAUUUUCGUGUGGUGCUCACGGUUAACUUCCAGUUCCCUUUAAAGACCUAGUAAGUUGUCAGAACUUGUGUCCGAACCAUUUGUGUAUGUAUCUUUAUAUAUAUGUAUACAAUAAAAUAUGUUCAAAUCAAAUUCCCUUUAUUUUAGC